AGGAGUCGGUGGGAUUUAAUGGGAAACACCGGAAACACUGAUUGGAAUUUUGAAGAGUGUGCAUAUCGACUUUUCACACCAGAACACGGUAUUAUCAGUAUUUUAUAUUAAAUAUUAAACUAUAAUCUGGAAACAGAACCUUCACCAGUGCAGGUGACACAGAAACAUCCAGAACCAUGCUCAUCAAAGUGAAGACACUCACAGGAAAAGAGAUAGAGAUUGACAUAGAGCCUACAGAUAAGGUGGAGCGGAUUAAGGAAAGGGUGGAGGAGAAAGAGGGGAUCCCUCCACAGCAGCAGAGGUUGAUCUACAGUGGAAAACAGAUGAACGAUGAAAAAACAGCAUCAGACUAUAAAAUCCAGGGAGGCUCUGUUCUCCAUCUGGUGCUUGCUCUGCGAGGAGGACAGACUCUUGCCUCUCCUAGAGGUCCAUACUCCAAGCCAGCUUUGUAGCCAUCGGUUGGAAACACGCCUUCGUCUUUACGAUGCCUACAAGAAGCAGAUGCACCAAAGACUCCUCAGAGCUGUGGAGUCACCUGGCAGCUUUGUAGGAAAUACAGAGCCAUUGGUGAAAAGAGUCGGCUCAGGUCCUGCUUGAGAUAGCCACUUUCCUACAGUGUUGGCUUGAAACGUCCCCCCCUUUCAAAUGCACCACUACCCUAUAGAGACACUGUACGUAUCAAAGCUUCCAUGGCUUUCAGAGAGAUUGACAACACAGAGCUCAUUAGGCAGUUUCAAAAGAGUUCAGUACAGUGCUGAAUCCAUUUUUGAGCGAGCGCCUAGGUUAUUCAUGCUCCACUGAUUAUAAAACAGAGAUAACUGAUAACUCAAAGAUGCUUCAAGGACUUCCAUCCUUUGAUUUCAUUCGUUACCGUUAGUGUUUUAACUUUCUCUUCUUUAUUUCAGUUUUAUUUUAAUCUUUACAAUUUGCUCCAAUUUAUUUGUGUUAUUAGCUGAGGCACCUUGGCUUGAAAAUGUCUUUUUAACACAUUAAUCCGACAUCUAAAAGUGUAUUUGUUGGCAGAAAGUUAGAUAACAAGAUUGAUAUUACUCUCAUAUUUGUCUGUUAAAAUGUAAGUGAUACAGCCAGUGGUUAGCUUAGCUUAGCUUAGCUCAGCAAAGACUGGUGAGGAGGAACAGCCAGCUUCAGUGUAUCCAGAGUUCUCUUAUCAAGGAUUUAUAUCUUCUUUGUUCAUCUGUAUGAAAACCAAAGUUUACAUUAUAAUGAAUGGCUCCAUAGAGGAUUAUUUGCUGGGCUAUGUUUUGGCCCAUGGCCUGGAUAUAAUUGGUCCCAGUAAAGGAGUAGCCCCCUGCAUUAUGCCCUAUACAACAUCAAAUUAUAUUUCUAUGUUUCCUUUAACACCAAUGUAACAGAUGACAUGUUGGAUUCUAUUUGUUAGCUUUAGAGGUGGUAUUUAUCAAGCGUAUUACCUUUUUCUACACCACAAGGCUGGCUGUUAGUCUGCCUUUAUAAGGACUUUAUGAUAAACUAAGCAAUCUAGUAUGUGGAUACCGAUUGAUAAGAGAGAUAAUUACCCAAAAUGUCAAGUUAUUCAAAAAAAAAAAGACAUUGUUUCUUUUUUUUUUUGCCCAUGUGAAACAGAAGUUAGAUUCAUAUGUGCUUAACAAGAAUAAUGAGCAUGUACGUCUGUUUGAAAAUGUUGAAAAGAUUUCUCACAAGUUUAAUUUGUUUACAGUAUUUUGUUUUUGUGCUUAUCGUGAGUUGUCUCUAAAGUCUUGCAAAUGUGAUCAUGUUCAUGUUAUGGAAAAAAAAUAGUGCCAACAAAAUGCUUUCUUGUACUAACAAGGUAACUAUCUUGUGGUAACAAAUUACUAUCUUGUAGGAUUUAGCUACUAACUUGUGCGCACAAGAUAAGUAUCAUUUGGUGACAAAUUACAAUAUUGUUUUAACAAGAUAACUCUCUUGUGCUAAGAAAUUACUACCUUGUGGGAAUUAGCUAUUAUCUUGUGCUCACUAGAUAACUAUCUUGUGGUAACAAAUUAAUGUCUUUCUUUUUUUUUGAAGUUAUAUUUUUGGCCUUUUUGCCUUUUAUUGUAUAGGACAGCUGCAGAGAGACAGGAAAUGUGGGGAGUAGAGAGUGGGGGAGGACAUACAGGAGAUGGUAGACCGGCCGGGAAUUGAGCCGGCGACCCCUGCAACGAGGACUGUAGCCUCUGUAUGUGGGGCGCUUAGACCGCUAGGCCACCAGCGCCCCGCAAAUUAAUAUCUUGUUUCAACAGGAUAACUAUCUUGUAGGAAUUAGCUACAUACUUGUGCGCCCAAGGUAACUAUAAUUUGGUAACAAAGUACUAUCUUUUUUUUAACAAGAUAAGUAUCUUGUGAUAACAAAUUACUACUUUGUGGGAAUCAGUUAUUAUCUUGUGUGCACAAGAUAACUAUCUUGUAGGAAUUAGCUACACACUUGUGUGCACAAGAUAAUUGUCUUGAGGUAACAAGUUGUAAGAUAAUUUUUGUACGACUUUUUAGACUAAUGGGCUCUGUGUGUGUUACUGUUGAAAAACAAGAAAUAUGUCAGUCAUGCCCCCCCCCCCAUGAGUGUGAAGAGUUUACUUGCUGUGGAUUAAUGUGUCACUACAGUAAACUGAAGCUGAAAAUUCCUCACUUUCUGUAUUCCUCACUAAAUGUGUGAAUAAUUUCAAAACAGUUGCACAAAAGAGACAUGAAACAUAA